GCGGGAGCGGCGGGCUGCUGGCGGCGGCGGCGGGAGCAUGCGGGGCCCGGCGCGGUGCGCGCUGCUGGCGGCGCUGUGGUGGGGCUGCGGGCUGGCGCUGCGCGGCGGCAUGCUGUACCCGCGGGAGAGCCCGUCGCGGGAGCGCAAGGAGCUGUCGGGCCUCUGGAGCUUCCGCGCCGACACGUCGGCCUGCCGGCGCCGGGGCUUGGAGCAGCAGUGGUACCGGGAGCCGCUGCGGAAGUCUGGCCCCACCUUGGACAUGCCGGUACCGUCCAGCUUCAACGACGUGGGCCAGGACAUUCGGCUGCGAGGCUUUGUUGGCUGGGUGUGGUAUGAGCGGGAGGUGAUCCUGCCCCAGCGGUGGACCCAGGACCUGGGCACGAGAGUGGUGCUGAGGAUUGGCAGUGCCCACUACUACGCCAUUGUGUGGGUGAAUGGGGUCCAUGUGGCAGAGCACGAGGGUGGCCAUCUCCCCUUCGAGGCAGACAUCAGCAAGUUGGUCCAGAGUGGGCCGCUGUCCUUCUGCCGGAUCACCAUCGCCAUCAACAACACGCUCACUCCCCACACCCUGCCGCCCGGGACCAUCCUCUUCCAGGGGGACACCUCCAAGUACCCGAAGGGUUACUUUGUCCAGAAGACAAACUUUGACUUUUUCAACUACGCGGGACUGCACCGGCCAGUCCUCCUCUACACCACACCUGCCGCCUACAUCGAUGAUAUCACCGUCACCACUGACGUGGAACAAGACACUGGGCUGGUGAACUACCAGAUUUUUGUCCAGGGCAGUGAUCGCUACCAGCUGGAAGUGCUUCUUCUGGAUGAGGACGGCAGAGUCGUGGCGCAGGGCGAGGGAGGCCAGGGACAGCUGCGGGUGCCCGCUGCCCACCUCUGGUGGCCGUACCUGAUGCACGAGCACCCCGCCUACCUGUACUCCUUGGAGGUGAGGCUGAGCGCAGAGACGGCCGAUGGGCCCGUGUCUGACUUCUAUACCCUCCCCGUGGGGAUUCGAACCGUGGGAGUCACAGCCAGCCAGUUCCUCAUCAACCGGACGCCUUUCUACUUCCACGGGGUCAACAAGCACGAGGACGCAGAUGUCCGCGGGAAGGGCUUCGACUGGCCCCUGCUGGUGAAGGACUUCAACCUGCUCCGCUGGCUCGGGGCCAAUGCCUUCCGCACCAGCCACUACCCCUACGCAGAGGAGGUGCUGCAGCUCUGUGACCGCUACGGGAUCGUGGUCAUCGACGAGAGUCCCGGCGUGGGCAUCGUGCUGAAGGAGAGUUUCAGCAAUGAGUCUCUACAGCACCACCUGGAGGUGAUGGAUGAGCUGGUCCGCCGGGACAAGAACCACCCGGCAGUGGUGAUGUGGUCCGUGGCUAACGAGCCUGCCUCCUACCUGCCGCCUGCUGGCCACUACUUCAAGACGCUGAUCGCCCACACCAAAGCCUUGGACCCUUCCCGGCCCGUGACCUUUGUGACCAACAGCCAUUAUGGAGAAGACUUGGGGGCCCCGUUUGUGGACGUUAUAUGUGUGAAUAGUUACUACUCCUGGUAUCACGACUUCGGGCACUUGGAAGUGAUACAGCUGCAGCUGGCAUCCGAAUUUGAGAACUGGUAUAAGACCUAUCAGAAACCAAUUAUUCAGAGCGAGUAUGGAGCAGAAAGCAUUGCAGGGCUUCACCAAGAUCCACCUCUGAUGUUCAGUGAAGAGUACCAGAAAAGUCUGCUAGAGCAGUAUCAUUUGGUUCUGGAUCAAAAACGUAAGGACUAUGUGAUUGGAGAGCUCAUCUGGAAUUUUGCCGAUUUUAUGACUGACCAGUCAACAACAAGAGUGUUGGGGAAUAAGAAAGGAAUCUUCACUCGGCAGAGAGAACCGAAAAGUGCUGCGUUCCUUCUGCGAGAGAGGUACUGGAAACUUGCCAACGAGACCAGAAAGCAAGCCAAACUGUAUUUCAUAUGGAUUCAUCGUUCCUGUAGAUGUUACCAUUUUGGAAGUCACUGGAACAUUCAAGGUGAUCUUUAGUAAGGCAGUAGGGAAAAACUGCAUAUGGUUAUAUUCUAUUUGUUUACCAACCUUAAGCAGUCGACAUGAUUUUAUUAAUUUCUGUCAACCACAUAAACAUAAACCUACAGGAAUUCAAGAACAAGAAUCUCUAAGAACUCUGCUUCUAUCUUCUGGAAGUUAGUUCACCUGUAGAAAUGAAGUUAGAGGAAGUUUGCAGUAGCACUUUUCAAUCACUGGUCCAGAGGUAUAAAAAAGUUAACUGUUUUUUAAGACGACCAAGUUAAUUUUAGCCUCUCAUAAUGUUUAGUACAGUAUAAGAAUAAUGGCAGCACAACUUCCACAGGGUAACUUCUACAUUUAUUUUAUACCAAAAAAGUUAUGUGCAACAAAUAAACAUUCUUACAUAUUUACAUUUGUUUUUUUUACCAGUUAGCAAAACUGUGUCCUAAAUCUCUGAUAAAGAAUAUUUCUAUCUAUAUUAAAGGGAAAAUCUGCCCAGUGAACUCAGUUUGAAAUUAAUUUACUCUGGAGCUUAAAGCACUAAUAAUAAAUAUUUUUGAUGGAACAUACUAUACAGAUCAUACACCUAAUACUUAGGCCAUGCUUAAUACAGUUUUAUAAUAAAGCAUUUCAUGUUUUCUGGGCCAAUUUAAAAAGAGAAAAA